AUGUGGACACUACAAUUUGCACUGCUCAGUGGCCAGGAAGUCACGGUACAGGCAGAGCCUGAGGAGACCAUCGAUAAUGUGCUCAACAAAGCGCAAGAGGCGUUGAAUGUGCUCAUCGUGUCAGUGGUGAGCUCAUCUGGUACUCUUCUGGACAUCACCAGGUCCCUUGAGGAUGAAGGCGUACAAGAUGGAGAUCGAUUACUUUGUGUGGUGGACAGACCAGAUCCUGCCUGUCAAUGGCACAGCAAGAGCCUCAUCUUCGCUGCAUUGCGAGAGGACGGAGGUUUGGUGGUGUGGGGUGGCAGCUCCUGUUGUGAGGUGCCAAAUCAUCUUCGAAAUGUCCAGACGGUGUGUACCAACUCCGGUGCCAUCGCUGCCAUCACCGAGGGAAAGGUAGUCACUUGGGGUGACCCUGAAGUUGGUGGCGACUCUUCAGCGGUGGAGCAUUUGCUGGUCGAUGUACGCUGUGUCUGCCCUUCUUCCUAUGCCUUUGCAGCACUCAAAAAUGACGGCUCAGUUGUGUGCUGGGGUUGUGCAAGCGCUGGUGGUGACUGCUUUGCAGUGCAGGAUCAACUUCACGACGUGUGCCAGCUGUCUGGGGCCACUUGGGCUUUCACAGCUGUGAAAAACGAUGGCUCUGCAGUGACUUGGGGUGAUGAACGAAAGGGCGGUGAUAGCAGUGCUGUCCAGGAGCAGCUCGUGAAUGUGAAGAGUGUCUGCGCAUCUUCUUGGUCCUUUGCAGCAUUGAGACAUGAUGGACAUGUGAUCACUUGGGGUGUGGACAAGAAGGGAGGCGACAGCAGGUCAGUGCAAUCUCAGCUGUACAACGUCUUGCAGCUCCGAAGCACAUCCUGGGCGUUUGCAGCUCUCCGAAGUGAUGGCUGUAUCAUCACGUGGGGAGAUGCGCAGCAUGGUGGAGAUGGCGGACAGGUCCAAAGCCAGCUAAAGAGCAUUUGCCAAAUCUGUGCUUGUGCAGAUGCUUUUGCUGCUCUGGAUCGAAGGGGUUCUGUGGUAAGCUGGGGAGCUCUUCCUUCGAUAUCGUUGCAUGAUGUCCAGAGACUGUCGGCUUCCUCACUGGCCUUUGCUGCUUUGAAGAAGGAUGGCACCGUGACUGCAUGGGGCGACAGGUCCAAGGGAGGAGACAUCUCAAGGGUGCGGUCAGAGUUGGUGAACGUGCAGCAGAUCUGUGGAUCCUCCUGGGCUUUUGCUGCACUUCUUGGAGAUAGGCAAGCAGCUUGCCUGCGGUCACAGCUGCUCAUCGCAAUGCCACGCAGGCGAGUGCAAGGAUUGCUCCAAGCCCUGCGGUGCAAGGCCAGUUUUGUGAGUCGCAGUGUCUUGCGAUGGAGACACGCCUUGUCGUUGCAAGGUCAAGCAAGCUUGUCCUUGCGGAACGUAGCUGCGGUGCUUACAGUGAACUUCGACGUCCUCAAUGGCCGGCUCUACGCCGUGGACCAAAAACAUGGCAUGGAGGGGUCGAUGUCACUAGAGAGCCAGGAGUUUGAGCUCCACAUCUUGUGGUGUGGCAAAGGGUGCGAGCCUGUGAAGUACACGGCUGACUUGUUUCAGUUGGCCAGCCAGCACCGAAGAUAUGUCCAGAUGUUGGAGGAGACCUUUGCCACAGCAAUCUUGUCCCGAAAAGGCACAGACAGCUCCGUACCUGGCCGCACGCCUGCAACGGCGAGCCAGCUGCAGGCACUGCCUUCAUGCGAGAGCUCUCGACGACUUCUGGCCAUCGAGUAUGCCCGCUUGCAUUGGCGUUUCAAGACAAGCAGCAAAAGUGAUGCGGUUGAGGUUGCAGCUUGCUACGGGACAAAACGUUCUGACAGUCUUGAUCUGACCUGGACGCCAUGCACUGGGAGGAGAUUGCCAGCUCCAGUGGAUUUCCACAUCCCCGUGCCACCGCUGACUGCGGAGCCUCAUAGCCCUGCAGACCCGGUGACCUUGCUGGAGGCCAACGAGCCCAAGAUGGCGGAUGGGGAGGUGCGUCCCCAUUGGGGUUCCUGGAAAAUGGCGAACGCAGAUGGUACAUGGAGAGAUCUUUGUCGGCGGCAGGCGAUCGAACUCACACUCACGGUGGUGGCGUUGUGCUGCUGGACCAUCAUGUGUGUAAUCGACCUGUUUGGUUGGCAAGAUGGCUUGGACUCUGACAGUGAUGUGGCAUCGCAGAUCCUCAGCCUUAGCAGUCUCGCAGUGUCUUGCAUAGCCUUCGCAACAAGGCCAUGUUGCGUCUAUCGGAUUCUACAAAAGGAUCCGGAUGGGACCGCAGGUCAAUCCAGGCUUCAGUAUCAGCUGUUGAUUCUUUUGGCAUCUCAGUGGUCGUUGCUUUGCGGAGCAUUGAUAUGGCUUGUCUAUCACGCCUCCAGCCAGCGGCAUCCACAGGUGAUAGCUGGUGUUGUGGCUGUCUUCAUUCUUCUGAUUCUGCUUAUAUGCAGUUUCGUCUAUUUGCUGCACGCGCAGCGGAAAAGGUUGACCACGGGUGUGGUUGAAGCUCCAAAGGAGCAUCCCGACAUGGCCAACCAGAUCAGCAAUCUCUCCGAGGACCUCGCCUUCGCCUCUGUGGACCCGCAAGGGGAUUGGACACCAGACAGGUCAUAUUCGUCUGGAAAGCCUGCGAUAGAGGUUCCUGACCGGUCGGACGAUUCUGACGAUGCAUUGUCUGACAACUACGUGGGACACCUGAUGUCCCACACAUCUCCCAAGUCAGCCAGAUCGAGCCAACGGUCUAACUUCCUCAAAGUGAGAGUGGCAUCAGCAGAUGACUUGGAAGACCCUGAGCAGUUCACCGAUGAAUGUGAAAUGAGGAAGCAAAAGAGCAAUGAGGUGCUCAGGACCAGUCGUGGACGGUGGAGGCCGCUCUUUCCAACCUUCAUGGCCUCUUCGUGGCAAAGUCCAACGAUGAGCCGUACGAGCAUGUUGAGCCUGGGGGGCGAAAUGAAACGUGGACCUUCCCUCAGAGGUUUUCGAUUCGAGACAGAGAAAGAGGUAGAGGAGUCCCUUGAGAAAGAGAUUAAGCGCCAUACUUUGGAGGUGAACGCUGUGCUACAACGAUCCACAUCUCCAUCCCCAUCAUUGGGCAGUGUGCCCAGCCAGCAGUCCAGUGCCAAGAAGGCCAAAAGCAGCCGCGCCAGCAGCUCUAGUGGCUUGUCAGAUGGAUCUGGCGACAAAAGGAGUGGCUCAGGUUUGGCAGAUUGA